AUGUCUUAAUAAGAUUAAAUAAACUAUGACUCCAAUUUAAAUACUAAUUUAGUAUUAAAUAAGGAUAAUAAUAAAUAAUAUACAUUUUUUUGGAAUUUAAUAUUUCUUGAAUAAGGAAUUACAAAAUUAAAUUAUGUAGCACUUUUACUUAACUACUUUUUAUUAACUUUAAUAUUUGUUACUACUGAAUCUUUGUAACCCAUGUUAUUUUAAGAUAAAUUCCAGAUCAAAUAGGAGAACUAAGGCUCUGAAAACGCAAAUUUACUAUUAGCUGAUAUUAUUAUAAAAAUUUUAUUUGCACCAAUAAUGGGAAUAAUAUGUGAUAAAGUUGGUAGAAAAUAUACAUUAUUUUAUGGAAUAUUAAUUAUUUCUAUAUCAUUAGCAUUAAUGCCUUUAAGUACAUCUAUAUAUCCUAUGUAUUUACUUUUAAGAAUUUUAUACGCACAUGGAAGUAUUACAAUAUGUAUAGUUCCUAUAUUUGCAGAUUAUGUUUAAAAUAUUACAAAAGGUAAAGGCGCUGCCAUUAAUGUAGUAUUCGCAAGUUUAGGAGCAGUUAGUUCUGUAGAAAUAAUAAAUAAUGGUUUAAGAAAUUAAUUAAGUAUCAAGUAAAUUUACUGGGUUAUUGCUUUUUCUUAUUUUUGUUUAGGAUGUAUGAUGUGUAUAUAUAUUAAAAACGGUAAAUAUUAUUUAGAUAAUACUAAAGAUAAAAAAAAUGAUAUGGUUUAAAUUAUAAAAAUAGGAAUAUAAUCAGCUAAAAAUCCAAUGAUAUUUAUUGGAUACUUAACUUCAUUUUUAGCAAGAGGGGAUAGUAUUUUGUUUACACUUUUCUUAGUUUUAUGGUCUAAUAAGUAUAUUCCUGAUUAUAAUUAAGCUAAUAUUAAAGCUGCGACUUUAAGUGGAAUUGCUUACACAAUAAUACUAUUUUUUUGUAUUUUUUAUGGAAUUGCUAUGGAAAGAUAUUGUAAAUAUAAAGUUCAUAUUACAAUGUUUUUAUUAGCCUCAAUCGGAUGCUUUAUGCUUAAUUUUGCCGAUAAAGGACCUAAUAGCUGGAUUUCUUAUUUAGCCAUUAGUAUACUUGGAGUUGGAAUGAGUGGUUUUUUGACUUCCUCAUAAUAUUUAAUUAACAAAUAUGCUGAUAACAAUAAUAGAGGUUAUAUUAAUGGCUUAGCUAGCUUAAUUGGAGUUUUAGGAAUUUUCGUUUGCUCAGUAAUAGGUGGAUAUAUUUAUGAUAAAUUAGGAAGUGUAAAUAUUAUUUUAUUUUUUAUUUUAUAUAAUAUUUUUAAUAAAUAGAAUAUUACUUUUAUGCUUUUUGGAAUUAUGAGCAUUAUAGCAAUUAUACUACUUUUUAUUACUUGGUAUAUUAAUAAAGAUAAAAAUUUUGAAAAUGAUAAUGAUGAAGUAUAAUAAAUUUCUAAUAGUACUUAAAUAAAUGGAGAAUAAAAUUAAAUUAGAGUUUGA